CCCCAACUUAGAAAUGAAUCUCUCUCUCCACAGCCUGCAUGCAAGUAACACUCAUUUAAUGCCAACAAGAAGAAGAAAUGUCCCGGUGAAAGAUGCGAGAAGUUAUGUUUGGCACUUUUUGGCAUGUGAGAGAGACAAUCUUCUUAUUUGAACCAAACCCCCUUCUUGAUCAGAUCGUGACUUCCAACAGAACCAUCAUCUGAUCCUCCCCCUUCUUUAUCCUCAUCAAUAGUAUAGGAUGGUGGCUAGCUUGACCGCUGUUCGUGCAUCUGCUCUUUCAUCUAGCUUGAGAAGCACUUCUUCUUCUUCUUCCGUUCGUGCAUUUUCAUCUUUCAACGUUGCAAAAACUGUUCAACGUUCAUUAAAACCUUCAGGAAUUGCAUCAACGCAAUCCGCUCGUUCUCUCAUCAACAAUAACACUCAACUUCGUACAUUUUCCGUUUCAGCUCGCGCAAUGGGUGGUGGCAGUGGUGAAUCAAACGAACGUCCUCCUUACGAUCAAGUAUUGCAAGAUAUUGCCGAUUACGUUCACGAUUAUGAAAUCAAAUCAGACACUGCUUUCAACACUGCAAGAUUGUGUCUUUUAGACUCAAUCGGUUGUGGUAUGGAAGCUUUGCGUUUCCCUGGCGCUCGUGCUGCUUUGGGUCCAGUCGUUCCUGGAACUGUUGUUCCAAAUGGUGCUAAAGUGUUUGGUACACCUUAUCAACUUGACCCAAUCCGUGCUGCAUUCAACAACGGUGCUUUGAUCCGUUGGUUGGAUUUCAAUGAUACUUGGUUGGCUGCCGAAUGGGGUCACCCUUCCGAUAACUUGGGUUCCAUCUUGGCCGUUGCUGAUUGGUUGUCCCGUACAAAUGCUGCUGAAGGAAAGAAGGCUUUGACUGUUCAAGAUGUCUUGGAAGCUUCUAUCAAAGCACACGAAAUUCAAGGUAUCAUCGCUAUCCAAAACAGUUUCAACCGUGUUGGUUUGGAUCACGUCGUUUUGGUCAAGGUUGCCAGUGCUGCCGUUGUUUCCAAGAUGAUCGGUAACACUCGCGAUCAAACUGUUGACGUUAUCUCUCAAGCUUUCGUUGAUGGUCAAUCUUUGCGUACAUACCGUCAUGCUCCUAACGCUGGUUCCCGUAAAUCGUGGGCUGCCGGUGAUGCUUGCUCUCGUGCAGUCAACUUGGCUCUUUUGGUUCAAAAGGGUGAAAUGGGUUACCCAAGUGUUCUGACUGCAAAGACAUGGGGUUUCUAUGAUGUCUUGUUCAAGGGCAAGCCAUUCGAAUUCGACCGUAAAUACGGCAGUUACGUUAUGGAGAACGUCUUGUUCAAAUUGGUCCCAGCUGAAUUCCACUCUCAAACUGCCGUUGAAUCUGCUGUGAUCCUACACAAACAAAUGAAGGAAGCCGGAAAGUCAACAGAUGACAUCAAGAAGAUCGUCUUGAAGACACAAGAAGCAGCUAUCCGUAUUAUCUGCAAGCGUGGUCCAUUGACAAACUACGCUGCUCGUGAUCACGAAAUCGGUUACAUGGUUGCCGUUCCAUUGAUCCACGGUAAAUUGGAACCACAAAUGUACAACGAUGAAUUCGCCGCUGAUCCAAGAAUCGACGCCUUGCGUGAUAUCACCGAAUACGUUGAAGAACCACGUUACACCAAGGAAUACUUGGAAGCCGAUAAACGUGCAAUCGGUAACACUGUCAGAAUCGAAUUCAACGAUGGUACAUCCCUCGAACAUGGAAUGGAUUACCCAGUCGGACAUGCCCGUCGUCGUGAAGAGGCAAUCCCAUUAAUUCAAGCCAAAUUGGCCAAACAUUUGGACCCUCACUUUGACGAUGCCAAGAAACAACAAUUGCUCGAAUUGACCACAGACCAUGCCAAAUUGACCUCAAUGCCCGUUCAUGAAUUCAUUGACUUGUGGGUCAAGGACAAGGCUGAACCUGAAAAAUAAAUAUUACUAGAUCCCACUUUUGAGAGAUGAUUUUCAUGCUUAAUACUAUUCUAUUUCCGUUGAGAAGAGGUGUGCAUGUGUGUGUGAUAUACA